AUGAUGGUCCGAGUCUUCUCAUCUCUGCUGCUAUGUAGUCAAUUAUCACAGGCUGUAUCUGAUCCUAAGCCAGUCCAGCCGCGGGACUUAAAGGAGGCUUUGGAGAUGGCUAAAACAUUCACUUCAAAACUCAACUUGACCGAAAAGGCCAAUAUGGUCACUGGUGUACAAGGUGUCAGUGCCGGUGGCUGUAUCGGCAACAUUCAGAGCAUCCCCCGUCUAAACUUUACAGGCAUCUGCUUGCUUGAUGGGCCUCAAGCCAUCAAUAGAGCCGAUCUAGUCAGUGUCUUUCCUUCAGGAAUCACGGUUGGUGCUACCUGGGAUGUCGAACAUAUGUAUACCCGAGGCAAAGCCAUGGGGGCAGAAUUUCGAGGCAAAGGAAGCCACGUCCAAUUAGGCCCUGUAGCGGGCCCAUUAGGUCGACAUACACUUGGUGGGAGGAACUGGGAAGGUUUCAGCGUCGACCCGUACCUAGCUGGUAAGGGUAUGGGUGCUACAGUACGAGGCAUUCAAGAGAUGGGAGUCCAGGCCUGCUCAAAGCACUACAUCGGUAAUGAGCAGGAGACACAGCGUUCAAACACCUUCCUACCCAACGGUACUGAGAUCAUGGGAAUCUCUAGCAACAUUGAUGAUCGAACUCUACACGAACUAUAUCUUUGGCCUUUUGCGGACGCUGUUCAUGCAGGCACUGCCAGCGUUAUGUGCAGCUACAACCGCCUCAACGAGACUUACGCCUGUGAGAAUCCUCGCAUUCUCGAUGAGAUUUUGCGCAAGGAACUCGGAUUCGAAGGCUAUGUCGUGUCUGACUGGUUCGCCGUACACUCUGGCCGCGAAUCCCUUGAGGCCGGCUUAGACAUGAACAUGCCUGGUCCAAUCGACGCCGCAGCUAUUCGAGGAAGCGGGAAUAGCUACUGGGGCCCCAAGAAUAUUACUCAAAUGGUCGAAGGAGGAUUAGUCGAUGAGAGGCGCAUCGAUGAGAUGAUCCACAGAAUCAUGUUGCCUUAUUAUCGUCUCCGCCAGGACAUGGGCUUCCCUACCGUCGAUCCGACCUUGACUCUUGGCCUGGCUGCGCAGCAAGGUAUAGACUUUGGUACACUGCCUAUUCCAAAGGACAUAACAAGUCGUGAUGUGCGAGCCGACCACGCAUCGCUAAUUCGCAAGAUUGGGGCUGACGGUAUUGUUCUUCUCAAAAAUAUCAAUGAGACUCUGCCACUUAAGACACCGAAAAGCAUCGGUAUCUUUGGAAACGAUGCCAGUCCCCCAAUCAAUGGCAUUGUGAUCCCUGAUUCCGAUCCGUUCCAGAUCGGUACUCUAGAUAUCGGAGGUGGCUCCGGCACGGGUCGCAAUACAUAUCUCAUCUCACCCUGGGAAGCCAUUAUGGCAAAGGCAACCCAAAUCGACGCACGUGUUCAAUAUGUCUUCAACAACGAAGUCCUCGCGGCGGAUGACUUCCGGAGUAUUUAUCCGAUACCUGACGUUUGUCUCGUCUUCCUUAACACCUUUGCUUCUGAGAACUGGGAUAGGACAGAGUUUGAGGCAGAUUGGAACUCAACUCUGGUAGUAGAAAAUGUUGCACGACGCUGUAGCAACACUGUGGUGGUCACACAUUCGGCUGGAAUCAAUACUCUCCCAUGGGCUAAAAACCCCAACGUCACAGCUAUUCUUGCCGCUCACCUACCUGGCCAAGAGUCUGGCAAUUCGGUUGUUGAUGUUCUUUGGGGCAAGGUCAACCCAUCUGGAAAACUACCAUACACUAUUCCAGAAAAGGUGAAGGACUAUGACAUCCCUACCGUCAAUCUCUCCUCAAGUGAUAUCGUCUCUCCUGGAGCCUGGCAAGCGGAUUUUGCAGAGGGUCAGUUCGUCGACUAUCGUCACUUUGACAAGUUUGGCAUAAAACCUUUGUUCGAGUUUGGCUUCGGCUUGAGCUAUACGAGCUUCGAGAUUCAGGGCACGCCUAAAGUUGCUAAGUUGGUCAAGAAUAUCGCAGAAAAACCUGAUCAUAAUGCAGGCAUUGCUGCUGGAGGAAAUAAGGAUCUUUGGAAGCCAAUUCUCGCCGUGAAGGUUCGCAUAGCCAAUACUGGGCGAGUCCCUGGCGCGACAGUGCUACAGUUGUAUCUGUCGUUUCCCAAUGGAGCACCCGAAGGCACACCAGUCAAGGUACUACGAGGGUUUAAGAAAGUUGUCCUUGAAGUUGGAGGGUCGCGAGUUGUCAAAUUUGAGCUGUUGCGAAGAGAUCUCAGCUACUGGGAUGUUUUAAGCCAGAGCUGGGUCAUUCCGUCUGGUGAUUUUAAGUUACACUUUGGGUUCAGUUCCCGAGAUAUCAAGGCAACUAUCAAGACAGCAGUCGUAAACUGA